GCAUUGAAGAAGAGGUGGGGGCUGCAGUACAUGUCCUUAUCUAACCACAGAUCUGAGUUUCUAUCUUGCAUCACGUCCGAAAGCGCUUAAAAACGUGAAGCAGGCAGGGGUUGUCUCAGACAUCUACAACAAUUAUCAAGUUUCCAGAUCAACUUCAGAUCAGAAAUCAUGAGGGCAUCUUCUUUGUUUCUGGUGUUCGGGGUGGUCCUGCUGAUGGCCUGGACUUCUGAGGCUCAACAAGCUGCUGCAGUUCCUCAGACGUGUUGCUUCAGUUUUAUCGACUUCCCAAUUCCAGACAGUAAAGUUGUGAGUGCUGUGAGGACACGUUCAAACUGUCCUACUGCAGGCAUUGUGGUUACGACACCUAAAAACCAAUUCUGUGUGAAUCCAGACGAGGCUUGGAUAAAGAAGCAUCUUUAGAAAUGAAAACACAACACCUGUUCACAAAACAAUACUGAUACUGCUUUACACAACUGCCUUUUCUUAUUAAAUGUAUUUUUGCAUCUCCUUAUCAAUACUGCAAGAUACUCAAUGUUAAACCUGUUGUCAUUUCGCACUCAAUCUAUGCAAAUGAAUAAUAAAAAGCUCAGAGAUUA